AUGAUGAAAUUCCAAGGGAUGUCACUGGUAACAUCAAUCGAUAGUGACGAUGUGCUCGGAAGUAAUAAGAAUAAAUUUUCUGGGUUCAAAUUUCUUGGCAGCUCGACUACCCAGGAGUAGGCAAAUACUACCUGUGAACUGAUGGUUGUCUACAAUUCAAGCUCCGAUAGGGAAUAUGGAACUAGCCCAGACGAUAGGGCGAUAUUAAAUAAGGCAAAGGAUAGCGACAAAGAUGAUACAUCGGAUGCUGAGCGCGACUUGCGCAGCCCUCAUAAUGGUGUGGGGGAUGAGAAUAAUGAUGAAGAGGGUGAAUAUAGUGAGGAUGAGAGUAGUGAUGAGGGGCCCAAGAGGAGGAACCCAAACGUAGAGAGGAGUUACGAGUUACAGAAGCUAGUUACUAGAGAACACAUGUAA